AUGUAUCUUCCAUCAUUGGUGGCCUCCGCCCUUCUUGCUAGCUCGGUAGUAGCGAAGCACUGCCAGAACUUCUCAGUCCCAGUCACCCUAUGUGCUCGCAAUGGGGCUUUCAAUCUUCCUACCUUACAGGACAACCACGAUGCCACGACCUUCUUUGCGAACUUCACAAACCCUGGAGGCAAUUUCUCCAAUGAGGUCUUACUUGGGUAUCGAACGAUUGACAGAACAUACGACAUCAGUGUCAAGUUCUGUCAGCCAGACACUGGCUUCGGACAAGAUCCAACCGUGCAAUUCCUCACCCAUGGCAUCGGUUUUGACAAGACUUACUGGGACCUUCCUUACAACUCCUACAGUUACAGCUAUAUAGAUGUCGCUGUUGAUCAGUACGGGUUUUCGACACUCUCCAUCGAUCGUCUCGGCAUUGGGAAUUCUUCGAUCGCGGACCCUCUCAGCAUCAUACAAGCACCGGCAGAGGUGUCAGCCAUCUACGAGUUGACAAUGAUGCUCCGUCGCGGCAGUCUACCAGGAGUCCCUCGGGCUUUCUCGAAGAUCGUCCACGUUGGCCAUUCCCUUGGUUCCAUCCUCAGCUACAACCUUGCAGCUAUGGACCCUACCGCCAGUGAUGGCCUGAUCCUCACAGCCUUCUCCCAGGAUUUCGCUUACAUAGACGCAACUUUCGACGCCUGGGGCAGCAAGUUGGCUCGUAAUGAUCAGCCCCAAAGAUUCGGAGAUCUUCCCACCGGGUACCUUACUUGGGCGAACGCGAGCUGCAACGAAAAAACCUUCCUUUAUCCAGGUUUCUUCGACCCGGCAAUCCUUCAAUUCUCCGAGUCAACCAAGGAACCUUUGACUACGGGCGAGGUCCUCACCCUUGGUGGUUCACCUUCUACGGUACCAGGGUUCAAGGGACCCGUCCAGGUUCUUGUUGGCAAUCAGGACUUCAUCUUCUGUGGUGGCGACUGCAUGGCGACUGGUGACCCGGCGUUGGCAGGGGGAUCAAUCCCGGGUGGAGUGACCAAGGCUUUCCCUGCAGCGAAGGCUUUCGAAGUCUACAUUCAACCAAACACUGGGCAUGCUAUCAACCUGCACUACAACGCCACGGCUGCUUACAAGGCUACCCAAGAAUUCUUAAUCGCUCAAGGAUUAGGACCGUAG